AUGUUUCGGUGCAUACCCAUUUUUAAAGGCUGUAACAGGCAAGUGGAAACUGUUGAUAAGAGACAUUGUUCUUUAAUAAAUGUUCCCGAGGAGAUAUUAAGGUAUUCUAGGAGUCUAGAGGAGCUACUUUUAGACUCCAAUAGAAUACAAGUUCUUCCAAAGAACUUUUUUAGACUUCAUAGACUCCGCAAACUCGGUCUAAGCGAUAAUGAAAUCAACAACUUGCCGCCAGAUAUUCAAAAUUUCGAACAUCUCGUGGAAUUGGAUGUCUCCAGAAAUGAUAUUCCUGACAUCCCUGAAAGCAUCGGCCAGCUGCGUUCCCUCAGAGUUGCAGAUUUCAGUUCUAAUCCCAUACCCCGUCUUCCGCCGGCCUUCAUCCACCUUAAGUCUCUCAGCGUUUUGGGCCUCAACGAUAUGUCGCUCACGUCGCUGCCUCAGGAUUUCGGCCAACUUACGUCCCUCACGUCACUCGAACUUAGAGAAAAUCUGCUCAAGGAAUUGCCCUCUUCUCUGUCGAAGUUGACCAACCUCGAAAGACUUGAUUUAGGCGAUAAUGAAAUUGAAGAAUUGCCAUCACACAUAGGAAAACUGCCAGCACUUCAAGAACUAUGGUUAGACCACAAUCAAUUACAAAGUCUCCCUCCAGAAAUAGGUCAACUGAGUAAUCUAACAUGCCUAGAUCUAUCCGAAAAUCGCCUAGAGUAUCUACCAGAAGAUAUUGCGGGCUUGGAAAGCCUAACUGACUUACAUUUAUCUCAAAAUGUAUUAGAAACUCUGCCUGAUGGCAUAGGAAAGUUAGAAAAACUUACCAUCUUGAAGGUAGACCAAAAUAGAUUAACUUCUUUAAAUUCUAACGUAGGCUAUUGCCACAAUCUACAAGAACUGAUCCUUACAGAAAACUUUUUAAGUGAAUUACCCGUAGAAGUUGGAAAAUUAAUCAAACUGACGAACUUGAACGUCGAUAGAAAUAGUCUUACCUCUGUACCCGAAGACAUAGGCAAUCUCUGUGAACUAGGCGUGUUAAGUUUGAGAGAUAACAGACUUACUAUGUUGCCGGACACUCUCGGUAACUGCCGAAGACUCCACGUAUUGGACGUUUCUGGAAACAGGCUGCCUUAUCUACCUUAUACGCUUCUACAAUUAAGCCUGAAGGCUGUUUGGCUGAGCGAAAACCAGGCACAAUCUCUGCUCACCUUCCAAACUGAUACCGAUCCGGAUACUGGUAAGACCGUACUGACGUGUUUCCUGCUUCCACAACAAGAAUAUCAACCUACAAUAGAUGGAGCUGCAACCGAGGAUGAAGACGACGACGACUGGCGGGAACACGAAGCCAGCCGAACACACUCCGUCAAAUUUACCGAUCCACAAGAAAAGGACAAUCGAGAGACGCCAUUUGUCCGGCACAACACUCCUCAUCCGAAAGAAUUAAAGGCAAAGGCCCAUAAACUUUUCGGAAAAGGUCAAAAUUCACUAGAAGAAAGCGAGCAACAUUCCAACGAUAACAGUGCAAACACGCCCGAGGCUCUCAAUCUACAUGUAAAGCAAGUUCCUGAACCACCACAGAUAAUUGAACCUCCAACUCGACCCGACUCUGCAGUAGGUAAUGGACAAGUCGAGGAAAGUGAGCAUAGCCAUGAUGAAGACACGGAUGAGGCCCUUAAAAGGAAAGAAGACGAAAGUGACAGGACGAGUGGCGUUUCGACCCCUCCAGGCUCAGUCUCAGGAGGCGAUCGUAGUUGUUCUUCAAGUCAAGCUGGAGAUUCAGAUGCAGCAGUAGAACUUAGAGAAGAAAAAUAUGAAAUCCACAUUGAGCGUUCUCAAACUGGAUUAGGGUUAUCGAUAGCAGGCGGACAUGGCUCCACUCCUUUCAAAGGAGAUGAUGAAGGCAUAUUUAUUUCUAGAGUAACUGAAGGCGGUCCGGCCGAUUUAGCAGGAUUAAGAGUAGGAGAUAAAGUUAUAACUGUUAAUAGAGUCAACGUCGUUGACGUCAGUCACUACGAUGCAGUAGAAGUCUUAAAAGCAUCAGGUCCAGUUUUGAUUUUAGAAGUAACCCGAGAAGUUACCAGGUUGGUUAAGCCUCCAAACACGAUGGUAGCAACUAAGCACAGUCCCACACCUUCUUUAACAAAUACGUUAAACAAAAGCGCAAUACCCCCUCCAUUGCCACCGCAAUUGGAAGAAGAAGUGCCCCUACAAAAAGUAUUAGUCCAUACUACAUUAAUUAGAGACUCAAAAGGACUCGGUUUUAGUAUAGCAGGAGGCAAAGGCUCCCAACCUUUCAAGGCUGAUUCUGACGCCAUUUACAUAUCACGCAUUACGGACGGUGGAGUUGCCGAUAGAGAUGCUAAGCUCUCUGUAGGCGAUAAAGUAAUAUCAAUUAACGGUGUCGAUUUAACAGGAGCCUCCCACGAUCAAGCCGUAAGCAUGCUUACAGGAUUAGAAAGAUUUGUAAGACUGGUAGUUGAGAGGGAAGUGCCUCUAGAGAAAAACGGCGACGGUGCUAGUCCGGGACCUCAACAAAGUCCGAGGUUGUUUGGAUUACCCAAACCGUAUACGGGACUGUAUGCUGCUAAUAGUUACAUGGCUAACCGACCUGGGUACGCAGGGUAUCGAAGAUCGAUGGAACUUGAUAAAAAGACUUCUGAAUCUCCAGAGCCAGUAAAGCCUCCAACGCCAACGCAGGUGUUCCAAGAAACGCCCAAAACAAACGGAAUAGAUCACAGCUCAACGAGAGAAGUCCCUAAGCCAGCGCCUCGUCGUAUCAACUCUGCUUCCAGUGAUUCGUCUACGGCUACAAUCAAUCCUACAGCUCAAACCGCUUCCAGCGCCAAGCCACAAACCAACCAUAAGAAAACCUCUUCGAAUUCCUCCCUAGAGGAUGACACCCAGGAUGUUACGUUAAGUAAAUUAGGAGGAUCCUUAGGUUUCAGUAUUAUAGGAGGUACAGAUCAUUCCAGUAUUCCAUUCGGAUCCAAGGAACCAGGCAUUUUCAUCUCACAUUUGGUUCCUGGUGGUACAGCUGCUAAAAGUGGUAAACUCAAAGUUGGUGACCGAAUUUUAAAAGUCAAUGGCACAGACGUCACUCAUGCUACCCAUCAAGAGGCCGUCAUGGAGCUUCUAAGACCUGGAGACCAAAUUUCGCUUACAAUCAGGCACGAUCCAUUGCCCGAAGGUUAUCAGGAAUUGUUUAUCGAAAAAACAGAUAACGAAAAGCUUGGCAUGCACAUAAAGGGUGGUCUUCAGGGUCAGCGCGGUAAUCCUCUGGACAGAUCGGACGAAGGAAUUUUCGUAUCGAAAAUCAACUCUGUGGGGGCAGCAAGGCGAGACGGAAGACUCAAAGCUGGCAUGAGAUUAUUAGAAGUUAAUGGAAAGUCAUUAUUAGGUGCAACACAUCAAGAAGCUGUUAAUGCUUUAAGAGCUUGUGGAAACAUGAUUCACAUGGUAGUUUGCAAAGGAUAUGAUAAGGGUGAUAUAGACAGAGCAGUCCAUGAGGGCAGAUUGACAAGAGGAGGGUCUGUUAGCAGUCGUUCCCAGAGCGUCAGUUCUUUAGAUGUUCCAGAAGACGACCAACAGGACUUAAAAGUAAAAGCUGAAUUACUUCAAUUAGAAAAGGAUGAAGUUGAGAAGCGAUUGCAGCCGAUCCAUCAAGAAGAAGAGGAGGAAUUUUCUUUAGUAGAAGCAAAACCACCUUCUCCUGCAGAUAAGGUUUUGGACGUAGUAAGAGCAGUAGAGACUCUAGCACAUGGUCCUAUGGAAAAUUCAGUUCCUCCGAAGUCUCCUAAUUCGGAACUAAAAACUACUACAAUAGUUAUGAGCAAACAUACGUUAGCACCUCAACCUACCACUACUCCACAAUCACCCCAACACAAUGCUCCCAAGCAGUCGGUGAGCGAUAGAAAGAAAUUUUUCGAAUCAGCGAUGGAAGAGAGUCAAAAACCUUCUAAACCAGAAAAAGUCUUUAGUUAUCUUAGUGCGGAUGAAUUAGAGAAGCUAAAAGCAGAAGAAGAAAGAAAAAUUGCAACUCUUUCAGCUUCCGAUAUUAAUUCUUUACACGAAUUGGAUCAUUCUGAUGAAGAAUCAGCUGAAUCACAACGUUCAAGGCCUUCGAGUACUAUCGGUAUAGUACGUACAGCAAAGGCAGAAAGACGUUUGAGAGAUCAACUUCGAGAAGAAGGGCUUUUAACCGACGAAGACGAUCCUCCCCUAUCACCAGCCGAAGAACGUGCUCUACGAGCUGAAAAGAGAGCGGCCUGGAGAGCUGCCAGACUCAAGUCCCUCGAACACGAUGCCAUGCAAGCGCAGAUGGUUAUCAAGAGUAUGACGGACAUUGUGAGAUCUGGAGAAGUACCCACUCCGAUAACGACAGAAAUAAGUGAUACAGACGGGCUUCCACAAACAAAUGAGUUACGUCCCUCGAGCGCCGAUUUCCCCAAGCUGGCCGUAAGGACGAAACCCGGCAACACGACCGUUAGAGAGAGCGAGAAGGUGUUGGGAGAAACGAUAACGAGAAAGACGGAGGAAUACAUCGACGAAAACGGCGAGAAACGAGUGAGAACUGUGGAGUACGUAGAGAAGCUGAUUGAGAGAGAGGUAUAA